AUGACGCUCAACGCGGGGCCUCUCGUGAGACGUGGAGACCCCCGGAGAAGUCGGCCCCGCUCGUCCUCGCCGAGUCCGGCCCGCGCCGGGGCCGCGCCGGGCGCGCGCGGGGCCGAACGCAGCGCCCCCCUCAGGCCGUUGCGCUGCGGCCGUUGCGGCGACAGUCGGAGACAGAUCGGGGCCAUGGAGGAGCUGCCGCUGCCCGCCGGAAUCAAUGCCAGCACCUUCCCCGCCAAGCUGUGGGGCCUGGUGAACAGCCCCCGCGUCCGCUCCGUGCGCUGGGACAGCCAGGCCCAGGGCUUGCUCAUCGACCGCUUCCUCUUCGAGCGGGAGCUGCUCAGCCCGGGCGGCGCCCACGGAGGGGGCGGCCAGGGGGCGGGGGCGGCCCCGGACUGCUUCAAAGCCACGCACUUUGGCAGUUUCGUGCGCCAGCUCAACUUGUACGGCUUCCAAAAGGUGCCGUCAUGGCUUGGCUCAGCUGUGCCGGGCGAUGCCGGGGCUCUGCUCCACUUUAUGAACCCAAACUUCCGCCGCGAUCGCCCCGAGCUCCUUCUCCACAUCAAACGCCGGACCAGGGCCAACAGGCAGAGACUGGCCGCGGGGCUGGAGGUGCGUAGCCGCCAGCCCAGCCGCCUCCAGCGGCCCUCCACGGACCGGUCGCUGCCUGCCUUCCCCACCGGGCAGCCGCCCAGAGCCGCUCCCUUGCGCCAGAAGUGCGAUGCUGCCUCACCUGAGGAUUCAGAGCUGCCUCCAGGCCCUUGCAGGAGAAGUGCAGGUGCUCAGGAGAGUGAGGCUUCCCCAGCAGCUGCCAAGAAAGUCUGUGCCACCUCUGGACUUGUUGGGGCUGCACCAGUGGAACCAUCAAGAGAGCUCAUCCAGAGAUUUAAUCUCCGCAAGCUCACGGUUCCACUGGUUCGCCUGGACCUGAAACGCCAUCCUGAGCUCAUGGUUCACCUCACUCCAAUCCACCCUGAAGCUGCUUGCAGGGCCCUGGGAGACAGCAACAGCUGCUCAUCUUCUCAGCAGCACAGCCCAGCCUGCGAGCCAUCAGCUCCUUCAUGCCAGAAGCGCAGUGCUGCCUCACCUGAGGAUUCAGAGCUACCUGCAGGCCCUUCCAGGACAAGUCCAGAUCCUCAAGGGCGUGAAGCUUCCCCAGCACGUGCCAAGAAAGUCAAUCCUAGUGUUGCCCGUGGCUCUUCAGGAGGGGAGGCUGUGAACAAGGCUGCAGCAGAGGGAGCUUUGCCUGCUUGCGGGAGCUGUGUGAACGUUUGCCAGGAGCCCGAGGAGCUUGAUAUCCAUCUGAUCUACCUUGCCCGAAGGGCUGCCCUGCGUGGGAAGAAGGAUCAGAGGGAGAGCCUGUGA